GUUCUUUAAUUUUAUACUUUAAAAUAAUUUUCUUUAAAAAAUUUAUUCUCUCUCUCUCUCAUUCUAUCUUGGUGUUCGUGGUUUGCCAUAGCUCGUCUUCUUGAAUCAGAUCUCUUCGUGUCACGAAAGAACCAACCAUGGAGCUCAACUUCCUCUCUAGAGCUCUCUUUUCCUCUCUUCUACUACUCUCUCUGUUCUCUUCUUUCUCAUCUUCAAGUGUCAUCUCAGAUGGUGUGUUCGAACCUCAGAGUUUGGGUACUGGAAGAAACCUGCUUCAGUCCAAGAAAACAUGUCCUGUGAACUUCGAGUUUAUGGACUACAAGAUCAUAACUGACAAAUGCAAAGGUCCCAAAUUCCCACCAAAGGAAUGUUGCGCCGCCUUCAAGCAAUUUUCCUGUCCUUACGCUGACGAACUCAACGACCUUAGCAAUGAUUGUGCAACCACUAUGUUCAGUUACAUCAAUCUCUAUGGUAAAUACCCGCCUGGACUUUUCGCUAACCAGUGUAAAGAAGGCAAAGAAGGUCUUGAAUGCCCCGCUACAUCUCCCGGUUCAUCAGCAGACGCAAACGCAGCCACCACAGCUUCUUCUUGUCUUUCGCUGACCCUUUCCGCUGCUUUCUUGGUGUUUAUUAAGCUGUUCUGAGGUUUCAACUUGUGACGACUACCUGAGGAAGAGCGUAUAUGUAUGUAUAUCCACGAUUUGUUUUGCUGUUUUACUGUCUCGUUCUUUUGAUUGUAGGGGAUUCAAACAAUUCUAAAUGAUAUAACUUUAUGGCUUUUGUGUGUAUCA